GGGAAGAAUAGAAUUCUUUAAAAGGAGAGGAUGGAGUAUGUCAGAGGUGAGAGAGAAGAAAGAGGUAGGGAAACUUUAGUGGAGGAGCUGAUUAAAGCGGGAAAAGAGAUAGGAAAGGAAGAAAGAUGGAAAAGAAUAAGAGAAUCAAAUUAUAACAAAUGGUAUAAAUGGAUAAAAGGAGAUGGUAUACCGGAAUACUUAAAGAAAGGAUGGGGAGAGAGCAGGUGUAGGAGACUGGCAAGGUUUAGAUUAGGAAAUGAAAUGAGAGCGGGACAGUAUUGGAAAGAGGAGGAAGAAAGGAAAUGCAGAAUGUGUGGAAAAGAGGAGGAGACAUGGGAACAUGUAUGGGAGAAAUGUAGAGAUUGGAGAGAACAGGAGAGAGGGGGAUGGAUGGAGAGCGUGGAGAGGAUACUGGAGGGGAGGGAGAGGGAGAGGAAUGGUUGA